AUGCCGCCCGCCCCACUCGAUGCAUGCAAGCAUACCCCGUACAACGAAUCGAGCGUUCAUGUAACAUAUAUUGUAUUACAUAUCUAUCCCAUCUCACUCGUUCCUGCAGAACCCUCACCCAAGUUCCUUCUCAGAAUUACCAUAACCCUCUCUUUACCCACACACGAAAACCCACACCCCCUCACCCCAAACUGCGCAACCUGUUUCACCCCACACCGCUCGGUGCCCGCGACCAUCCAACCCACCACAUCCACCGGAUCCCGCAUCCAAUCUGAAAUAACCCCGCAAAAAAAAAAGAGAGAUCCACAUACAAAAAAGAUGCUCCAUCUCCUCCGCCCACAAAGCUAUGCCUUCCUCCCACACCUCCACCACCACCGUCACCGCCACCAAUCCACACCAACACCCCCCAUCACCCUACCGCCCCAAAUGUCCCUCUUAGCCAAAACCCUCACUUACGUCCUCGCCUGCAUAACACUCUCCAGCCUCCUCAUAGCCCUCUCUUCCCUCUCAUCUUUCUACACCACACUCUUCACUUGCACCGCACCGCAGCAACUCCACAUGCUCUUCCACGCGAGCGUCGUCGGCGCCACGGUCCUCAUGGCGACGCUGGUCGCUGAUGAUGUCGCUGCCAAGUUGUUGGGACUGCACGGGGUACGGUAUCGCAGUGGAGCGGCGGCGGAUGCGGUGUUGAUGUGCUUGUUUUGGGUGAAUGUGGGGGUUGGGGGAGGGGCUUGGGGGGUGUUGGUUGUGAAGGGGUGGGUUAAGAGGGGGAUUUUGAAUUCGAUUAUCGGGGUUUGA